CUUUAAGACUAGGGCGUUUAAUUUGCUUCUCAUUAUACUACCAACAUUGCUUGACUUCAGCCGUUUACCACUUGAGCAGUUAGUGUCUUUGUAAACCAUACUUGCGAGCAUUAUUUCAUAAAUCGAUCUUUACCCAUUACGUUUAUAAAAACAGGGCCCUCUUUUUAUUGUUUACGCUUCAAUUCAGCGAAUUGAAGAAAAACCUAGGUUGCCGUGUGUAAUGGAAAAUAUUAAAGUUGCAAAGGUUGAAAAUGUGAAGUUUUUGAAUAAAGGCAAUGAGAUUAAUGGAACACUGCAUUUAACCGCUUAUCAUUCAAUUUUCUCUGAUAUAGAAGGGAAGAGAGAAAUAUGGACAGCUUACUCCAUGAUUAAUUUUGUUCGUUUGUGUCUUAAUGAAAGAACAUACUGUAUCCGAGUACAAUGCAGGGAUUUCGUAUUUUACUGCCUGAAGUUUCAGAGCUCGAAAGACGCCAUGGAUGUUUACGAUACUUUACGAGAAUUGACAUCAGUAACUUCUGUCAACCGUUUAUAUGCGUAUCAUUACAUGCCCACAGGAGAAGAAGGAAAAGUUAAGUCAGGAUGGGACCUAUUUCUCCUCGAGAAUGAAUAUCGCCGUAUGGGUGUUGGUAAUUCAAACAGUGCUGAAGGUGCUGGUACGAACUGGAGACUUACGAAGAUCAAUGAAAAUUAUUUGGAAUGCCAAUCAUAUCCUCAAAUAUUAGCUGUCCCGACGAACGUAUCCGACAGCGUUAUUCAUUACGGUUGCAAGUACCGAUCGAAAAAUAGGUUUCCUACGUUAACUUACCUUCAUAAAAACUCUUUCUCUAUUACUCGAGCAUCGCAACCUCUGGUAGGGCUUCGGCAGAACCGGAGCGCACAAGAUGAGAAAAUUGUGGAAGCUAUAUUCGCUACAUCAAUUAUACCAGGAAAAGAAAAUCUGAUUGUUGAUGCUAGACCAUCUACGAACGCAAUGGCAAAUAUAGCAGUAGGGGCAGGAAGUGAAAAUAUGGAUCAUUACCGAUUUGCCAAAAAAAUAUAUUUAGGCAUAGAUAAUAUUCAUGUUAUGCGUGAAUCUUUAAGUAAAAUCGUGAAUGCUCUUCGGAAUACAGAUAUAAGUGCAGCAUCCCCUUCGGUUGAGCAACUAAACAAGUCGAACUGGCUAAAGCACUUGACGAACAUAUUACAGGGUGCCGUUUUAAUUAUUCAAACAGUUCACUUUCAGCACGCUCACGUACUGGUCCAUUGCUCAGAUGGCUGGGACCGAACAUCUCAGUUGUGUGCUCUUCCACAACUAUGUCUUGACCCGCACUAUCGAACCAUAGAAGGAUUUAUGAUGCUUAUCGAAAAAGACUGGUUAGCCUUUGGACAUAGAUUUGCCGAGCGAUGCUGUCAUUUACCGGGAAAAAGGAUUUUUUCUACAGAUAAUUCUUCACCAGAAGAACAACAAACGAGUAGUUCUGUAGCAUCUUCUACACUUCAGUAUACAUUCUGUACAUUUCGGUCUGCUCUUAGUGGAUUCGCAGUUGAUCAUUCGGAGAAGAUGAGCUCUCCUGUUUUUCAUCAAUUCUUGGACUGUGUAUGGCAAAUUAUGAGACAAUUCCCGAAGUAUUUUGAAUUCAACGAGCGAUUUUUGCGUCGGCUGUUGUAUCACUUGUAUUCAUGUCAAUAUGGGUCGUUUUUGUACAACUCACAACGCGAACGUAAACAAGCUGCUGUUUCUAAGCAAACUCGUUCUAUUUGGGACUAUUUUAUGUCUCGAAAAAAGGAAUUCACAAAUUUAGAUUAUGAAUAUUAUGAUGAUGUUUUACUUCCUAAUGCAACAGAUCUCAAAUGGUGGGCGUCUUCUUUUGGUCAGCCAGAUGAAAACAUGAACAUUGGCUUGUCUGAAACCUCCUCCUCUACUGAAUCACCUCCUCUUUCGUCAUCCGCUUGUCAGUCUGCUUCUCUUCGAGUGUAAACUCUACCCACUAAAGUGUUUGUUUUUCCAAGUUCCGAGAAAUUAUAUGAUACGACGUAUAUAUCUUCUCUUUUAAAGCUUAUUGACUAUUGAAGGCACUUUGUUUUAAGUUAUUAAGCCAGUUUUCUUCUGUUUUGCUGUCAUUUUUCAUAUGUUUGUAUGGCAUGUUUGUAUGGCAAGUGAAGAGGAAGAAAUUGUAUGAGCUUGGGCACUGAUUCCACUUCGUGAUUUCCACCAUGUUGAAAUCCCGUUUAUGAUAAUCCUUCCUUCCAUAAUUACUCAACAUUCAAGUCCUUAUUUCUCUAUGCUCAUGUGUCUGUCUAUAUGGAUUCUAUCAAGGCUUACUAUAGCAUGACCUACUUCCCAGCUAGUUGCCACGACUUAUGAGAACCUUCUAACCUUUGCUUAUGUUUUAUGUAAUGAAGUAUCCUUUCUUUUUGAUCUUCUAGUUUGAUUGAUCUCCCUACUUUUCAUGUCGUGAGACCCUUGUAAGUUUCAUCACCAUCGUAUGAACCAACCACCGGCUCGAGUAGUUUGCCCUUCCUUCUUGUACAUUUCGUUUCAGUGACCAUGUCUGCAAACUGCUUUCAUAAACUACGAUUACAAUCAUUAUUUACAUAGAAAUGAAAUCAUUUUGUACAAAAUAUUUGUCAUUUCUACUUCGCACAUGCAAUGGAGGUGGUU